GUUGUAUACUAUGCAUUUUAAUUUUACAAGAAAGACAUUAAAGAGUGUUUUUGUUAUUUAUUUAUUUUGAAAAAGAAAAAGAAAAGAAAAAAAAGAGAGUGCAUUUGUGUGAAAAAAAAAAAGAAAAAGAAAAAAAAAAAGGUAUUGCCUAGUUCGGCCCAUAUUUGCUUUCUAGACUAAUCGGUAAUUAUAUAUACACAUAGUGGACACACACAUAUAUACAAACACAGACAUCGUCCUUCUCCAAAAACUCUUGCAUACAUGAAAAAGUAUGUGUAUUUCUCUAGCAAUCCAAUUCCAACCUUGCCUGGAAAUGGAUUUAUAUCCUCAGCGCGAUCGCUUAUCACUGGAAUGUUCAUCUCUCCACAACUUUUCACCACAUCUGCAACUGUUACCGCUUCUUUCAUGGACCCAGAAAUUUCUUCGGACGAAGGAGAUCAAUUGGACGGGUCUUGUGUCCUCCAGGACAAGGAUCUUCUACGGAAGGGUCAGAAUACAGGAACAACCGAGCUUCAUGUAUUAGACCUAAUCGAACACGGGUCUAUGGAACCAGACGCUACUCUUUACAACAAGUUGCUUAACAGGUGCACCCAACUGGGCAAGCUCAAAGAAGGUAGGAUCGUCCAUACCCACUUCCUCAAUUCCAAGUUCAAGCAUUACCUUGUUAUUCAGAACACCAUUCUCAAUAUGUAUGCCAAGUGCGGUAGUUUAGAUGAGGCACACAAAGUGUUCGACGAAAUGCCUAAAAGGGACAUGGUCACUUGGACUGCCUUGAUUACUGGCUAUUCCCAGAACGAAAGACCUCAUGAUGCGCUCGUUUUGUUUCCCCAAAUGCUGCGUCUUGGAUUGAUGCCCAACCAUUUCACCUUUUCCAGCCUUCUCAAGGCUGCUGGGGCUGUGCCUGGGGAUAGAGACGGCAGGCAAAUUCAUGCUUUUUGCAUAAAAUAUGGUUACGAUUCGAAUGUUUAUGUGGGGAGUGCUCUUGUGGACAUGUAUGCUAGGUGUGGGCACAUGGACGGAGCCCGGUUUGUUUUUGAAAGGCUGCCAAGCAAGAAUGAGGUUUCUUGGAAUGCUCUGAUUUCUGGGCAUGCUAGGAAGGCGGAGGGAGAGGAUGCCCUUCAGCUGUUCUUGAAGAUGCAGAGGGAGGAUUUUACACCGACCCAUUUCACCUAUUCUAGUGUUUUCUCUGCUUGUGCUAGCACUGGAGCUUUAGAGCAGGGAAAAUGGGUACAUGCUCAUAUGAUAAAGUCUGGAGGAAAGCUUAUUGCAUUCGUUGGCAACACUCUUCUUGACAUGUAUGCUAAAUCAGGUAGCAUCGAUGAUGCUAAAAAAGUCUUUGAUAGAUUGAUAAAACCAGACGUGGUUUCGUGGAAUUCAAUGCUUACAGCAUGUGCACUACAUGGGCUUGGGAAGGAAACUGUUGAACGCUUUGAGAAAAUGCUUAAGGUCGGAAUUGAACCUAAUGCAAUAACCUUCCUUUGUGUGCUCACUGCUUGUAGUCAUGCUGGGAUGUUGGGCGAAGGACAAUAUUACUUUGAAUUGAUGAAAAAGUACAAGUUAGAACCAGAGGUCUCACAUUAUGUGACAAUCGUUGAUCUACUUGGUCGAGCUGGUCUUCUUGAUCGUGCUGAGAGGUUCAUCAGAGAAAUGCCAAUUGAACCCACUGCAGCCAUCUGGGGAGCUUUGCUUGGCGCUUGCAGGAUGCAUAAGAACAUGGAGCUGGGUACUUACGCUGCUGAACGUGUAUUUGAGCUGGACCCCCAUGAUUCAGGACCGCAAGUGUUGCUCUCUAAUAUCUAUGCUUCUGCUGGUAGAUGGAGAGAUGCAGCAAAAGUGAGAAAGAUGAUGAAAGAGAGUGGAGUGAAGAAGGAACCUGCUUGUAGUUGGGUGGAGAUUGAGAAUACUGUCCACAUGUUUGUGGCUAGUGAUGAUGCUCAUCCACAGAUAGAGGAGAUCUGUAAGAUGUGGGAGAAGAUAUAUGGGAGAAUCAAGGAAAUUGGCUAUAUCCCCGACACUAGCCAUGUCCUUUUGUGUGUGGACCAGCAGGAGAGAGAAGCAAAGUUGCAACACCAUAGUGAGAAGCUUGCUCUGGCAUUUGCCCUUCUCAGAACAACGCCCGGAUCCACCAUCCGGAUCAAGAAGAACAUCAGAGUUUGUGGUGAUUGUCACUCAGCGUUUAAGUUUGUAUCAAAGGUGGUGGAGAGAGAAAUUAUUUUGAGAGACACCAACCGGUUUCAUCACUUCCGUGAUGGCUCUUGUUCGUGCAGGGACUAUUGGUAGUGCUAGAAAUUGACUUUUGUUACCUACAUAUAUUUAAAGGAAGUGUGAUUGAUGAAAUGGAUGUUAGUUCAUUACAUGUCUCUCAAAUACUCAAUUGGUGUGGCAAUGUCCUGAAUGUCUAAUUAAAGAUUUGUAUUGGACUGCCAUGACCAUAAAGUCUACCAUUUCACAUCUAAGCUGUCUUCCACAGGAGAUGAAGUUCUUGUAUGGAAAAGCUUAGAGAUUCUUCUUUGAAUUUAAUGGGGCAAUUCAAUACGGCAGGGACCGAGCAAGGAAAUUGGAUGCUACAGUCAAACAUCAAGCCUCAUGGAAGCUGGACAGGAUAGACAUUCUGAACCAAUAAACUGUGAAGUCUUUGUACCAUAUUCAUUCGUCUGUGAGAAUUGGAGUGAUGUUUUAAGUUGCGAGCACUGACAUUGCAUUUGUAGUCCCUUGCUCCUUCCAGAAACAUUUAUGGUUGAUAUUCGUGAUGGCUGCAGCUGUAUAUUGAGCCAGAUCCGUGCUCCUUUGAGGAACGGUUGUGGUUGAGAAUCCUGAAAUGUUAUAUUGAGCCACAUCCAGAAAUAAGAGCUUCAGUGUACAUUUUUCCAUAUUCUGAGCUUGGGAAGGGAUGGAACGUCAUCUUCGAUGCUCUGAUGUGAAGUAUUUUUUUUCCUACACUUUUUCUAUUUGAACUCAAGAGGAUGCUGUCUAUUUUUGUCUCAAAGACAACAGUCUUUUGCUAUAUUGGAUAAUGAUAGACUACACACUUGUCUUCCAUGGAAGCUAGGUCUUGCCCAUUCAAACUGAGCCCCACUGAGUAAUUUUCAGAUUGUCAGGUGUUUCCUUUCAUCCAAGUGUGCUUCAUGAAGAUAUCAAGGUUUUAAUAAGGUUAAUGAGCAUGCAAAAAGACAUGCAGAAGCAGAUGAGUGUAAUGGUGUCUGCACCAAUUAGCAAAGAAGGUAAAAGAUUAGAAGCAUCUCUUGGCCGGAGCAUGGAGAAAGUUGUGAAAGCCAAUAUGAAUGCUUUGUGG